CAGUUUGAAAAAGUAUUUCGACGAAAAUUGACGUGUUUCGGCAAUAUUUUGCAAAAUAUCGUGUUUUACCGCAUUUAUUUCAGAUAACAUAAAAUAAAUAAAUGCUUAAAUAAUUUUAUUAACAAAUUGUACUUAUAUACUGAAAAACAUUUUUAGAACAUACAACAAAUUGUUAACUUAAUUGUUAAAACAAAUCAAAAGGAAACAACAACAACUAAAAAGGAAUAAAUACAAAGGCCACAUAAUUUUACUACCACACAAUUAUUACGUGAAAAAUCGAUAAAAAUAGAUUUUAGAAACAAAAUAUUUUUGUUGAUAACUUUGUUAAUGUUUGUGUGAGUGUACCUACAGUUUUUGGAAAGCAUAAAUAUAUAAAAAAAUUAACAAAAAUUCUACAAAAAGAAUAUAAAAAAAUCUAAAUCAAAAAUUCUGCGCGAUUAUUGCGUUUGAAAAACUGUCGGUCCGUUUGUUUCUUGUGUUUGAACUUGGUUGUUGGCUGUUUUGUUUACCUUCUCGUUUGGUGAGGAAUUUGUAAUUGCAGCUACACCUUAAAGUUAAGAUUUUUGACGCAAAGAAAUUAUAUUUUAAUUAAAUUGACUAAAGAACGUAUUCUAUAGUCAAAAAUCGUUUAAUUGCAAUUCAUUCAAAUAUCUACAAACCUAAUUGAAAAAUAACAACGCAAUACAUCUUUGAAUCAACUUUACAAGUUCCUCCUACUAAUUUUGUUAUUAAGUUUGGAUCAAUAGUAUGGGCACAGAAACUAAAAUAAAUUGUUAUACUGAGAACACUGCAACUGGUAUUAACCGUGUUCCAAAUAUUGUAAAGCUUUCUUCUGCAACUGCUUUUAACAAUACUUGUGUAAAUAAUGGCAAAUGCUCAUCGAAAAAUCUUGUAACGUCUGUCUCAAAUAGUGCGUCAGCUCAGCCUCACUCAUCAUCGUCACAAAUUGCCGUAGAAACCACAGUGCCAUUUGUGCCCAUACACAUCGAUGAAAAUGCCGUUAUUGAAGGAGCUAAAGAAAUCUUAAAAGUAAUACGACCAACAUGGGAUCUUAAUUUUGUUCAAUUCAAGAAAUUUACCGAUGGUAUUACUAAUAAGUUAGUGGGUUGUUUUUAUAAUCCUCCCAACGAUUAUCGCAUUACUUCCAUUACAAACAAUCUUCAUAAUACGAAAAUCAACGAAAGUGAUCAUUCAGAUUCAGAUGUUCUGUCACAAAGUUCAAAUACAAACAUCACCGCGGAGAGCACAGCUGAUGAUAACAAUGACUCCGGAAAUCUUAGCGACGCUGACGCCGAUACAGACCCUGAAUCUGCAAUGUCAACAAACACAAACAUGACGACUACAUGUGAAGCUCCGCCUACGAAAAACGUAGUACUCGUUAGAGUAUAUGGCAACAAAACAGACCUACUUAUAGAUCGUAAGGCCGAAACCCGAAAUAUAAUCCUUUUGCACUCAUAUGGAUUUGCACCAAGUCUUUAUGCAACUUUCAAAAAUGGGUUGGUUUAUGAUUUUGUACCUGGUGUAACUCUCAAUCCCGAGAGUGUUCUUCGACCAGAAGUGUGGUCGUUGGUGGCUCAACGUAUGGCUGAUAUGCAUAGAUUGGUUAAGCCUAAUUGGAACCACGAUGCCAAGCCUGUGCCAAUGCUGUGGAAAAAAACACAAAGUUUCUUUGAUUUAGUACCUGUUAAAUUCACUGAUGCCAACAAACAUAAAAGACUUGAAGGCACAUUUUUACCUAUUACACGAAUGCGUAAGGAAUUCUCAGAACUCUACAAACGAUUGGAAGCUUUGGGAUCACCUUUAGUAUUUACCCAUAACGAUUUAUUGCUGGGCAAUGUUAUCUAUACAGAAUCAUCUCAAACUGUGACAUUUAUCGACUAUGAAUAUGCGGACUACAACUAUCAGGCCUUUGAUAUUGGAAAUCAUUUUACUGAAUUUGCCGGUGUUGACACCGUCGACUACACCCGUUACCCUAGUCGAGAUUUCCAAAUGAAAUGGCUGAGAGUCUAUUUACAAACAUAUCUACAGAGAUCACAAAUCAGUGAUGCCGAAGUAGAGGCAUUAUAUGUGCAGGUGAACCAAUUUGCAUUAGCUGCUCAUUUCUUCUGGGUCAUAUGGUGUCUAAUUCAAGCUGAACAUUCCACAAUUGAUUUUGAUUACGUUGAAUAUGCUUUUAUACGUUAUAAUGAAUAUUUAGCUAGAAAGGAUGCAUUUCUGGCUUUGGAUGCAAAUCUACCAAAGUGUAAAAUCUAACGAUUGACAUGAAUCCUCCAUCCUUGAUAGUCUUUUAGUGGUGCUGUGGUAAUUCCCUGCAUCUUCCUACCAGUUCCCUGAAAGCUGCUCUUAAAAUCAGCAAAUAAAAAACAAACAUAAUUUAAAAACAAAUAAAUUUAUUUAAUAAAAUUAGCAUUCCUCAAGCAUUAAAACUUUAAAUACAUAUUUAUUUUAUUAGCUGUUAACGUUAGAUAUUUUGUUCUCUCAUAAAUGUUACCAGUAACUUCCUAUAUAAUUAUUUGAUUUCACUUUUAUCUAAAAUGAUUUCUAAUUAUAUUUUUGCAUUGGCUUUUUAAAUUAUUUUACAAUCUUAAUUGUCAAAUCAACUUAAACAAUAUGAUUGUACAUAAAAUAUUUAUAAUUAUUUCUUUACUUAGUUCUUAGUUACAUACUUACUUAUUUAGUUUUAUAUAUUUUUUUAAUAUUUUUAAAUGAAAUUGAUUUGUGAUUUAAUACAAAUUGUGUUUUUAUUAAUCUAACUAAUGUAAAAGAACAUUUUUAUAAAUUUAAAGCCCUUUAUUCCCCAAUAAACCAAAGAACGAAAUGUUAGCAAAAAUAAUAUCACUUUAUGGUGUAUUAUUAAUAUUAUAUUUUAUUGUUGAAAAUGUCAUAAUUUUAAAAUAAUGAUCUUUAAUACCUUCUUUCUUAAAAAAAUACAUCAAACCAAAAAAAAAAUAAAUUAAAAAACGAA